AUUUACAUCAAUCAACGUCAAACGAUAUUUUUUUUAUUGUGAUCAUUGUGAUUUGUGAAAGUAAUUAUUUUAUUCAUACGAUACAAACAAUUAAUAUUUCUAUUUAAAAAUGUCUUGUCGCAAUGCUUCUCAUGCUGGUAGUUGGUACACAGAAAAUGGAACUGAACUCUCCAGGCAGCUGGACCUGUGGUUAUCAAAAGCGGAUCUCACGCAUGGCCCCGCGCGAGCCAUCAUUGCACCGCAUGCAGGGUAUUCAUACUGCGGUGCGUGCGCCGCAUUCGCCUACAGACAAGUUAGCCCAGUUGUUGUGAAACGUGUGUUUAUACUGGGUCCAUCGCAUCACGUACGGCUAGGUGGGUGUGCGCUGUCCUCUCUGGACAAGUACCAGACACCGCUAUACGACCUAACCAUAGACAAACAAAUAUACGCAGAGUUGGAGGCAACGCGGCAGUUCGAAUGGAUGGAUGUCCAGACGGACGAAGAUGAGCAUUCUAUAGAAAUGCACCUGCCUUACAUAGCUAAAGUUAUGGAAGAAUACAAAACUGGCUUUACGAUUAUACCAAUUUUAGUUGGAUCUCUGACGCCAGAAAAGGAAGCAAAAUACGGCUCUAUCCUCGCCCCCUACCUGGCCGACCCGCAGAAUUUACUAGUAAUAUCAUCCGACUUCUGCCACUGGGGCUCCAGGUUUCGGUAUACCUGGAAGGACUCCUCGCGGGGAGCUAUUCACCAGAGCAUCGAAUGGCUGGACAAACAGGGUAUGGAUUUAAUCGAAAAAAUGGAUCCGCGCGCCUUCUCUGAUUAUUUGCAUAAGUAUGGGAACACAAUCUGUGGAAGACACCCCAUAGGAGUGUUGCUGCAGGCAAUAGCGAAGCUUCAGUCGCAACAAAAUGCACCGAGAAUGGCCAUGAAAUUUCUAAAAUACGCGCAGUCUUCUCAGUGCGUAAACCCGCAGGACUCGUCCGUCUCCUACGCGAGUGCUUCGCUCGUGUUCGAGUAAACACGCAGUGCGUACGUACAGCCCGUUGAAUAUCAUUGGCGAAAAAAUCCCACGGGAUUACGGGAUUGUUGUGUUCUUACCGAGAUCUCAUAUGUUGUGUGUUGGUUUAUAUCCCGGGUUUUUAACAUGUUAAUUUUACUGUAAUUAUAAUGAAGUAUAAAUAAUCUUUAUUCGACUUAUAUAGUCAUAUUUUUCAUUCGGAAUGCAGAUUCAUCUUAAGAAGAAUGAGCAAGAAACUUAUGUGUCGAUCUUUUGAAGAGAUGUUUAUGUUAGAAGAAAAUUUAAAGUGACUGUCUCAGUGGCCAGAAUGGAUAGUACCCAGAGUCGUAAAUAUGUUAUUAAAAACUACCCCGAUGUACGAGGACGUCUAUGUAUAAAGUCCUCUGCGUUUGUAGACAGCAAUUUUUGCCGUUAAUCUCUGUUUUGAAUUAUUUUUUCUAAGUUGUGUUGUUCCAUUAUAUUGUUUAAUCCCGGGAUUAUUUGUGAUCGAAUAGACUGUUUUCACCUCGAAAUUUAUGUAUACUUAAUUUUAGUGUUGUAUAGAAUGUGGAAUCCCAGUCCCACGGGAUUUAGUCCAGUGGUUUCAAUUGGUGUACAAUUUUUGUAUUGAUUUUUUUUUUUAUAGUUAUAUAUCUUUAUUGAGCCACAAAUUUAAUAUUUAAGCUGCCUGAAGUAUGUUUUCAUUGUUUACUGAUAUAUAUAUAUAUAUAUAUAUAUUAAAACUUUAAUGCACAAAUACAUUAAUAAAGGUGCAUACGGGUUCAAGCAAUAUAUAUAUAGAUAUAUAUAUAUAUAUAUAUUUAUUCGACAGCCUCGGUGGCCUUGCUUUUAGCACACUAGCUUCCGCGGAUUCGAUAUUCACAAGAUACUAUACACUACAUAUAUAACGCAUACAAUAACUAAUUUAUAAUUAAUUUUCUGUAUAUUUAUAAUUAAUAUAUUGCAAUAUUUCAGGCAGAACAUAUAGUAUAUCUCUUUUAGUGUAUAACUAGAUAUAAAUAUAAGUUUCAUAUGUUUUUAUACGUAUUGUUAAGCAUCCUUAAGUAAGCGUUAAUUUAAAUUUUUAGUUAUGGUAGAAAAUGUGAAAUGUUUAACAGCUAAAACUACCAUUUGGUCCUAAAGACUACCAUUAUGUUAUAGCACGAAAAGUUAAAUAUUUCUUACUUUUAUUUUGUCCUGAUAGUAAUUUUGUUUUGUACGAAAGUUAAUAAAAACUUCAGUUCAUUUUGUGGUAUUCAAUCUGCCUUAAAGAGCGUAAUGUCAAAUAUAGACACCAAAUAAACGUGUCAAUUUAUAUGUGACUAACUCUCCGAUAAAAGAACCACGGAUUGUAAAACAAAUCUGAGAAACGGUGGUAGGAUCGCCACUUACCAUUUUCAAUCAAAAUGCAUCCAUCCAUCCAGGGAUAUAUGGGCAUAUCAAGAUUUUCACAAAAACGUGUUGCCAUAUAUGUAACUCAUGCUAGACUCCUAAAUGGGUAUGCAGAGGCAAUAUAACUCAAGUAGCAUCAAUUCUUUUUCAUAUAUUAUAUCUUGUGUGUUACAGUAUAUGAUGAUGUUGUAGAUAAGUGAACGAAAUUAAGGUCGAGUAUUUUUAUAAAACAGUACUGUUUGUAUAGUAACGAGUAGAUUGAAGAAAUAAUUAGAAAUGAACGACAUAGUAUGUGACAGAAAACUAUGAAGUUGAUUAGUAUUCGUUAUUUUAUCUAAUCAGGCAACCUGACGACUAACCGACUGUAUACCAGCACACUUAGUCCGGUAAAAAGAGUAUAUAUUGUCUCACAGUUAAUUUUAAUUUGGUAAGAAACACUUUUUAAUAAAUUUUCAACACACUUGCUCAUAAAAUUGAUCUAAUUUCACCGAUUUUCAACAUAUGAAGCAGGUCAUAAACCACGUUAUAAGCUUUAUAAACGCAAAUAGUGAAGUAAUAUUCCAUAACUGUACUAUUUGCUUUUUUAUCAAAUUUCGAGCGGCGUCAGCGGGUAGGCAGUGCGCUGGUUUAAAAAAGUAAAACGGAGGGCAAACAACAGUGUGUAUCAUAGUUUUAUGGUUGAGUUAAUUUAAAAUGAAGCGUGUUUAAAAACGUCGUACGAUAUACGUGCGUAUUUAACACACUCAGCUUCAUUACGCCCUCGUCUACGGCUCAGGCUGGUAUUCCGCCUCGUGUGUUAUAGCCAUCAUAACGCACUUAUAUUGUAAUACACCUAUACCAUAAAUGAAUUUUGUACUGAAUAAAUUGCAACUCUUAAAACAUCUAACGUGCUUAAGUUGGUUGAUUUGUUAGUGAUUAUAUUAUUGUAUUGUAAUGGUUUGUAUAACGCGCGCAAAAAUACAUGUCAAACUGCAUUUAUUUUGUGUUGAAACCUGUCUCAAUUAUAUGUAAUUUGAUA